UGUAUAAAUACUGGACUGGGGAAGACGAAGGCAUCAGUUCAACAAGUUCACUCCAAGCUUUGAGACUACAAAUCGUUGAAGACCCAGAAAAAAUCAUAAUGAAGGUAGUUUGUGCAUUAUUUUGCUUGGUGGUAGCAGCAGCAGCCCAAGAGUUUAUCCAAACUGAAGAAAUCGACAGCUAUCCAUACUGGUAUCACAACCCAGAACACCUGAGGUAUCGCCGGCAGCUAUCUGCGGACCCUGAGACUGGCGACGUCACCUACAGGCAUAAGGUUGCCGACAACGGGCAUCUCUUUGGCACUCUUGGCUCCAGAGGAGACGCAGCGUUUGGUAAAGCCGGCUACAAACAGAACAUAUUUGAUGACAAUCGCGGCAAGCUAGAUGCGACGGGUUACGGAACCCACGUGAUCAGCCCUUAUGGAUCUUCCAACCACCUCGGUGGUCGUGUGGACUACACCGGCGAUCGUACGAAAGCCUCCGUUGAUGUUAGCCAUCAGAUGCACGGCAUGACGUCUCUGGAGGCCGCGGCUGGAGCAAGAUGGCCGAUCGGCAAGAAUGGAGAUUUCAGCUUGCAAGGGACUUACAACAGAAUGGGCCCCUUCCAGGAUUAUGGAGCAAGAGCAGGUCUGAACUACCGUUUCUAAGCAUUUUCGGUGCAGUAUUAUGUAUUAACAAAAAGUUAUUGAAUAAUUAUUCAUAGUUAUAGAUAUAUACCUAUAUAUACAUACAUACUUAAACUUGUUAAACACGGCGUGACAAAUUAUAUUUUAAGUUUAAAUAAAUUCUCAGUUUCGGAAUAUAUUUCUUUGAU